AUACUCAUUAUAGUUUUACUAAUCUUUGCAGUUUUAUUCAGCAAAGUCCCCAAAACAACUAAGCUGUUCGAGUUUAUUCUGGACAUUCUGUCGGAGCCGCGAUACUCUUCAGUCAUUUCAUGGGAAGGAACAAAUGGCCAGUUCGCGAUCAAACGACCUGACCAAGUGGCUUAUCUGUGGGGUGAGAGGAAUGGUCGAACAAACAUGACUUACCAGAAGUUUAGCCGAGCUUUACGUUACUACUACCACAAGAAGGUUGUGUGCAAAAUUCCCGGACGGAACUGCGUGUACAAGUUCAACUUCCCAGAACUCGAGAAGCAGUACGGUUAUCACAGCAGCGUGAUAUUUCCGGCCACAACAGAGCCCAGUGGUAACAGAAACAGCUACGAGAUUCCCGCCACUGUUGCCAAUCACUUUCAGAAUGCAAACUCCGAGUUCCAUUUUCCUGGCACAAGGGAGUUCAUUGGUAAUGACAACUACGAGAUUCCCGCUUCUUUUCACUCCCUUCAGCAUCCAAACACCGCAAACGCGGCAGUGGCGGAAACACUGUAUUCCGUACGUUCCCCUGUGGUGGUACGCAUGAUUACACAUGAAAGCCAAAGCCUGCUGCAUUCACCCUCCUAUCCAAAUCCACGUUAUUUUCACUACUGCUGAACAGGUAUAAACCCCCAUUUUAAGGUUUUUCAUUUGUUCAAUAUGCCAACGUGACUGACAAUCUGAGCUUUUGUGUUAGGGUCAUUAUAAGACAGACCGAUAUGAUGAUUAUAAACUCUCUUUACAGUGUGAGUUAAUCACUUAAUAUUCACUCUAAUUGAUUUUGUUAAACCUCAGCUAACUCUUUCCACACUCCUGCAAUUCUGUCUGAUAGUAAAGUAAGGAGGUGCAAAACGGAAGGCUCGGUUGUUCAGUUUGAUGUGGGAUACCCCCACUCCCUUACGCAUUCGGAAAGGGGCUUGAGAGAUCAGCAGAACUCGAGUCUAGUUCAAUCAGAGAACGAAUACAGUGUUUGUGCGAUAAUCCGUAAUAAUAAUUGCACCUUUUGGUGGACAAAAGUAAGGUUAGUGACUUGGUUCAGACAACAAAGUUUCAGAAACCGAGGCUAUCGCGAACCAAUUAUUUCUUCAGACGAUGACAACGCUUUCACGGAAUUUGUACUUCCCGUUCAACGAACGCUUUGUUUGUAAGAUCGCCUCUGUCACAUUUUUAAACUGCCUCAUAUCUUAAUGGUUUUCCUAGGUUGACAAGCUGCAUUAAUCGCAUAUUAUUUUAAUUUCGUCUUUUAGCAGUUAUUUGGCGUUGUCAGAUCCGCAUGUAAUUUAAACCUGAAUUUUUAGCAAAUUUUCAAAAUUAUGCGUUUCGAAGAUGUUUUGAAGACGUUGUACCAAACGAGGUUUAGCAUUCGUGCACUUAAAUUCUUCCAUUGAAGAAUUGUUACACAUGUAUAUAACGAUCUUUUCAAUCUUAUGUAACCACGAUACAUUAUUGUCAUUUCUGUACUGUAUUAUGUAUCGAGUAAUUUCGUGAAGUUAACGUAUUUUCAGCAAUAUUUUGUUCAUGAAAUGUAAGCAGUGGUGUGAAAAAAAUAAAUAAAGCAAAUGACAGAGUUUCUCAAACGAAUGUACUUUUGCUGACCUUUAAUUCAUUUAAUUGUUGUUUGACGAUCAACUUCAAAGGUUUGUCAAUUGUCAGUGAAUUUUUCAUACUAUGCACCGAAAAAAGGGGCGACUUUUUUUCCUCAAUCGGUAACGGUAGGGAGGAAGGGAUGUUUAUGUAGUGAUCCCGGUAUUUGCGUAAUAAUUUGUCGAAAACUAACUUCAUUGACAAAGUAAAUUGAAAUUAACCACAAGCCACUUGUCCCCACAUUUAUGAUGGACUAAGUAUCUAUACCUUCUUUGCACCUGGGAUACGCGCCUUAUUAAAUCUCACUCGACCUGUGACACUAAAAACCUCGUCUACGUGAUUCAAUAUUUUGUAAUACUAUAGACAACCCUAACCCCAAAUCGAAACCUACUUACAGUUGCUGAACAUGUCCUCUCCUCUCCCAACCAUAAUACCAACGACAUGCAAUACACUAAUCCCAAUCCGUUUGGUGAGGAAAGCUUUUUCAAUAAUUGUAAAAAGGAGAACAAUUAAUUCUGAUGAUCUUAACCUCCGCGGAGAAAAAUAAAAACAAACUUAACUGACAGGAUGUAAAUUAAAAAUAAGUUAAAAUAAACAGAUGAAAUAGAGAUACGAUAAAGAAUAAACAAUAAAGGGAAAUUUUAAUUUCCCUUUAUUGUUUAUUCUUUAUCGUAUCUCUAUUUCAUCUGUUUAUUUUAACUUAUUUCUAAUUUACACCCUGUCAGUUAAGUUUGUUUGUACCAUGCGAGACAGAGAUUCCCUUCUAUUUCUACUCGUUUAUGAGCGCGGAGAACCUCUGCUCGACCGCACGAUUUUCUGUUGUGGAUGCGCGAGCUAUGUCAGCAUGUCAGAUUUAUCAUGCUUUGUCCUGCGAAACGUUUGCACGUGAUCAAAUUUUUAGUUCACCUAUUUUCGGUUCCAUU